AUGAAGAAGCUCCAGGGAGCUCACCUCCGCAAGCCCAUCGCCCCAGACCUGCUGAUGACCCCCAGUGACCAGGGCGAUGUCGACCUGGACGUGGACUUUGCUGCAGACCGGGGGAACUGGACAGGCAAGCUGGACUUCCUGCUGUCCUGCAUUGGCUACUGCGUGGGCCUGGGGAACGUCUGGCGUUUCCCCUAUCGCGCCUAUACCAAUGGAGGAGGCGCCUUCCUCGUGCCGUACUUCCUCAUGCUGGCCAUCUGCGGCAUCCCCCUCUUCUUCCUCGAGCUCUCCCUGGGCCAGUUCUCCAGCCUGGGACCCCUGGCCGUCUGGAAAAUCAGCCCCCUCUUCAAAGGUGCCGGCGCGGCCAUGCUGCUCAUCGUAGGCCUGGUGGCUAUCUACUACAACAUGAUCAUCGCCUACGUCCUCUUCUACCUCUUCGCCUCCCUCACCAGCAACCUGCCCUGGGAGCACUGUGGCAACUGGUGGAACACAGACCUCUGCGUUGAGCACAGGAGCUCCAAGGAUGGCAAUGGGGCCCUGCCCCUCAACCUCACCAGCACAGUCAGCCCCAGCGAGGAGUAUUGGAGCCGCUACGUCCUCCACAUCCAAGGCAGCCAGGGCAUCGGCAGUCCCGGGGAGAUUCGUUGGAACCUCUGCCUCUGCCUGCUGCUGGCCUGGGUCAUCGUGUUCCUUUGUAUCCUCAAGGGUGUGAAGUCCUCGGGCAAGGUGGUGUAUUUCACGGCCACGUUCCCCUACCUCAUCCUGCUCAUGCUGCUGGUCCGCGGAGUCACCCUCCCUGGGGCCUGGAAGGGCAUCCAGUUCUAUCUCACCCCCCAGUUCCACCACCUGUUGUCUUCCAAGGUAUGGAUCGAAGCUGCUCUUCAGAUCUUCUACUCUCUGGGUGUGGGCUUUGGGGGACUCCUCACCUUUGCCUCAUACAACACGUUUCACCAGAACAUCUAUAGAGACACCUUCAUCGUCACUCUGGGCAAUGCCAUCACCAGCAUCCUGGCUGGCUUUGCCAUCUUCUCCGUGCUGGGCUAUAUGUCUCAGGAGCUGGGUGUACCUGUGGACCAAGUAGCCAAAGCAGGCCCUGGCCUGGCCUUUGUCGUCUACCCACAGGCCAUGACCAUGCUGCCUCUGUCGCCCUUCUGGUCCUUCCUAUUUUUCUUCAUGCUUCUGACUCUCGGCUUGGACAGCCAGUUUGCCUUUCUGGAGACCAUUGUGACAGCUGUGACAGAUGAGUUUCCAUACUACCUGCGGCCCAAGAAGGCAGUGUUCUCAGGGCUCAUCUGCGUGGCCAUGUACCUGAUGGGGCUGAUCCUCACCACCGAGGGGGGCAUGUACUGGCUGGUCCUUCUGGAUGACUACAGUGCUAGCUUCGGGCUAAUGGUGGUGGUGAUCACCACGUGCCUCGCCGUUACCCGGGUGUAUGGCAUCCGGAGGUUCUGCCGAGACAUCCACAUGAUGCUGGGUUUCAAGCCAGGCCUCUACUUCAGGGCCUGCUGGCUGUUCCUGUCCCCGGCCACACUCCUGGCUCUGCUGGUGUACAGCAUCGUCAAGUACCAGCCCUCAGAGUAUGGCAGCUACCGCUUCCCUGCCUGGGCCGAGCUGCUGGGUAUCCUCAUGGGCCUGCUGUCCUGCCUCAUGAUCCCAGCUGGCAUGCUGGUGGCUGUGCUUCAAGAGGAAGGCUCACUCUGGGAGCGGCUCCAGCAGGCCAGCCGGCCGGCCAUGGACUGGGGCCCAUCACUGGAGGAGAACCGGACCGGCAUGUACGUGACCACCCUGGCCGGUAGCCAGUCACCCAAGCCACUGAUGGUGCACAUGCGCAAGUACGGGGGCAUCACCAGCUUCGAGAACACGGCCAUCGAGGUGGACCGCGAGAUCGCCGAAGAGGAGGAAUCUAUGAUGUGA